CACUCAACACAAAUCAUGGGAAAGUCAAAAACCUACAGAGCAUCAGGUUUAUUAUUAGAGAAGAUUAGGAAAAUGCAAGAAUAUUUUGGCCUGAGAGUAACUGGCUCUCUAGAUGCUGAAACUCUGGGAGUCAUGGAAAAGCCUCGAUGUGGAGUUCCUGACGUUGCUGAAUAUAAUCACUUCCCAAGAAAACUGAAAUGGAAACAGAAUAAGUUAACAUACAGAAUUAUAAACUAUACGCCGGAUCUUUCACAUGAUGAGGUGCACAUGGCAAUAGAGAAAGCUUUGAAGGUUUGGAGUGAUGUCACGCCUUUGGAAUUCAGCAGAAUUAAUGAGGGACAAGCUGAUAUCAUGAUCACAUUUGGGGCUAGAGAACAUGGAGACAAUUAUCCAUUUGAUGGACCAAAUAGCAUACUGGCCCAUGCUUUUCCUCCAGGUGAAGGUAUUGGAGGGGACGCUCACUUUGAUGAAGAUGAAGAAUGGACAAUGGGAUCAAAUGGGUACAAUCUUUUUAUUGUGGCUGCCCAUGAAUUUGGCCAUGCAUUGGGACUGGCUCACUCUCAAGAUCCCGGUGCAUUGAUGUACCCAAUAUACGUAUACACAUCGAUGAAACGGUUCCGUCUCGCACGUGAUGACGUUAAUGGAAUCCAAGCUCUAUAUGGUUCAUCAAAUGAGGUGCAUCCACCACCAGCAGAAACGCCUGAUAUCUGUGAUCCUUACUUGUAUUUUGAUGCUGUUGCUAGUCUUCGUGGAGAAACAUUAUAUUUUAAGGACCGGUUUUUCUGGAGGAGAUAUCCACAUCAAUCUACUAGUGAGCUUGUUUUAAUUAAAUCAUUUUGGCCAAAGCUUCCUGCCAGGAUUCAUGCUGCGUACGAAAAUCAAAAAAAUGGUUUACUCAUUGUUAUUAAAGGAAUGAAAUACUGGGCCAUCGACGGCUACACCAUCAUGCCGGGAUAUCCAAAGUCCAUCUACAAAUUUGGUAUUCCAAAAUACAUCAGGAAAAUAGAUGCCACUGUUCAUAUUGGGAAGACUUCAAAGACAUUAUUCUUUGCAAGAGGCCAGUACUGGAGCUAUGAUGAAGUGAAACAGAGGAUGGAUGAAGGUUACCCACGACGGAUGGUGGAUGACUGGCCAGGAGUCCCUUCCAAGCUGGAUGCAGCAGUUGAACGUAAUGGAUAUAUUUACUUCUUCUCUAAAUCAUCUCAGUUCAUCUUCAACCCAAGUGAGCAACGUGUCUUUGCAAUACAAAGAAUCAAUUCACUGUUGGGAUGUUAA